AUGAGAAAAGACCUUAUUUAAUAAAUAUCCAAGGAUAAGAAGAUUAUUGAAUUCUUAAAAUUUCUAGUUCACCUUACAAGUUUAGAUGAUAGAUUAAUAUAAUGUGGUUCAAAUUCACUUAAUUUGUUGGUGGAAAUGAAGGUUGAUUUAAGGGGCAUAUGUUUUGAAAAUAUUAAGAUUAAGGAUACAUCUUUGAUUAAUGCUAAUUUUGUAAAUUGUAACUUGAGCGGAUCUUAAUUCGAAAAUAUAGAUGCAAGCGGAAUGAAUUUAAAUAGAACAAAAUUAUUUAAUUGUAAAUGGAAGAACAUAAAAAUGCCUGAGCUGAAUUAGUUUGAAGGUCUUAGUAACUAUGCUAAUUCAGCCUGUAUCUCUCCUGAUAGUACUACAAUAGUAACUGGUUACUAAAAUGGGUCCAUUCGUUUAUGGGAUAUUAAGACAGGAUAAUAAAAAGCAAAAUUAAACAGUCAUGCUAGUGGUAUAAGUUCAUUCUGCUUCUCUCCUUAUGGAACUCUAUUGGCAUCAAGUAGUCAGUAUGAGUGUAUCCGAGUAUGGUGUAUGAAGACAAGAAAGAUCGUACUAAAAUUAUAAGGAUAUAAUCCACUUGGAAUUUCCAUAUGCUUUUGUGAAAAUGGCACUUUAUUAGGAUCAGGUGGAGAUACAUCUAUUCUUUUAUGGAGCGCUAAGACAGGAAGAUUAAGAGCCAAAUUAAAUGGCCAUACAAGUAGGGUCAAUUCAGUAUGCUUCUCACCUGAUAAUAUUACAUUAGCAUCUGGCAGCACAGAUCAUUCUAUCCGUUUAUGGGAUGUUACGACAGGAUAAUAAAAAGCGAAAUUAGAUGGUCAUAAUGAUAGUGUCUAUUCAAUAUGUUUUUCACCUCAUGGCUCUACAUUUGCAUCUGGUAGCGGAGAUUGCUCAAUUCGUUUAUGGGAUGUCAAGACAGUUUCAUUAAUAGCAACAAUAAAUGGUCAUAGUAAUUAGGUCCUUUCAGUGUGCUUCUCACCUGAUGGUAUUACAUUAGCAUCAGGCAGUGCAGAUCAUUUUAUCUGCCUAUGGAAUAUUAAAACAGGAUAAUAAAAUGCCAAAUUAGAUGGUCAUACUAGUGGGGUUUCUUCGGUCUGUUUCUCUCAUGAUGGUACUAUAUUAGCAUCUGGUAGUUCAGACGAGUCUAUCCGUUUAUGGGAUGUUAAGACAUGCCAAUAAGCAGCAAAAUAGGAUGGCCAUAGUGAUAGUGUAAAUUCAAUCUGCUUCUCACCAGACGGCUCUACCUUUGCAUCCGGUAGUUCAGAUUCUUCUAUCUGUUUAUGGGAUAUUGACACAGGGAAAUAAAAAGCAAAAUUAAGUGGUCAUACUAAUUGUGUUAAUUCAGUUUGUUUCUCUCCUGAUGGUAGUACAUUAGCGUCUGGUAGUAAUGAUGAUUUCAUAAGUUUAUGGGAUAUUAAAACAGGAUAAUAAAAGGCCAAAUUAAUUGGUCACACUAAUUUUAUCAAAUCAGUAUGUUUCUCUCCUGAUGGUACUAUAAUAGCAUCCGGUAGUGGAGAUUGCUCUAUUCGUUUAUGGGAUGUUAAGACAGGAUGUUAAAAAGCCAAACUAGAUGGCCACAUAAUGUGUGUCAAUUCAUUAUACUUUUCUCCUUAUGGCUUUAAAUUAGUAUCUGGUAGUGCAGAUGGUUCUAUCCGUUUAUGGGAUGUUAAGACAGAAUGCUAAAAAGUCAUUUUAGAAAAUGUUGGGAUUUGUGUCCAUUCAGUAUGUUACUCGCCUUAAGGUACUACAUUUGCAUCUGGUAGUGAAGAUAGCUUUAUUCGUUUAUGGAAUGCUAAGACAGGAUAAUUGAAUGCCAAACUAUACGGUCAUAGGAUGAGUGUCUAUACAGUAUAUUUUUCUCUUGAUGGCUUUGUAUUAGUAUCUGGUAGUGCAGAUUAUUCUAUUCGUUUAUGGAACGUUGGAACUCAAAGUCUAAUCGCCAGACUAGAUGGUCAUAGUAAUUGCGUCAAUUCAGUAUGUUUCUCUCCAUAUGUUAAUAUAUUUGCAACUUGUAGUAAAGAUAACUCUAUCCGUUUAUAUUAAUAUAGGAUUAAAAAAUUAAAAAAAAUAUUGACUUAGAACGAUGAGACUAUCCGAUCAGUGUGUCUUUCUCCUGAUGGUAUUACUUUAGCAUUUGGUAGUCUUGAUUGUUCGAUUCGCUUAUGUGAUAUUACUGGAAAAUAAAAAGCACAAUUCAAUGGUCAUACUUGGAUUGUUGCUUCAUUAUGUUUUUCUCCUAAUGGUACUACGUUAGCAUCUGGUAGUUGGGAUAAGACUAUCCGUUUAUGGGAUUUGUUGUAAGGAUUAGAAAAAGCGAAAUUAGAUGGCCAUAGCGAUUAUGUAUCUUCAGUCUGCUUCUCCCAAGAUGGUAAUACUUUAGCUUCUGGUAGUUACGAUAAGUCGAUCCGUUUAUGGAAUGUUAAGGCAAGGCAAUAAAAAGCAAUCCUAUUUGGUCAUUAAGAUGCAGUUUAAUCAGUAUGUUUCCUUUCAGAUGGAAUUACAUUAGUGUCUGGUAGCACUGAUCACACUAUUCGUUUAUGGGAUGUUAAGACAGGGCAAUAAAAUAAAUAGUUAAAUGGUCAUGAUGAUUCUGUCCAAUCAGUGUGUCUCUCUCCUGAUGGUUCUAUUUUAGCAUCUGGCGGUGGAGAUUAUACUAUCUGUUUAUGGGAUGUAUAGAGAGGGCAAUAAAAAGCUAAGUUAAAUGGUCAUAACAAUUGUGUCAAUUAAGUAUGUUUCUCUCCUGAUGCUAAUACAUUAGCAUCAUGUAGCUACGAUGCAACUAUCCGUUUAUGGGAUGUUAAGACAGGCCAAUAAAAAGCAAAAUUAAAUUGUUAUUUUCAUUGUGUCUAUUCAGUAUGCUUCCUUUCUGAUGGUUUUAAAUUAGCAUCUGGUGGUAAUAAAGACAAUAUUUAUAUUUUGGAUAUUAAGACAGCUAUAUUGGAUAGUAAAUAUAAAAAUACCUUAAAAUAGAUUAAAAAAUCACUUUUAAAGAAUUAAUAAUUAAAUAAACCUCUCUUUAAAAAUGCAUUACUUGUAAUAUCAAAAAAUCCUUGUUUAGAAGCAUAAGGUGCUUUAAUCUUUAAAGGAGAAUUUUUCAAUCAUUAAGGAGUAGAUUUAAGAUCAUUGUUCAAAUAUAAAGGGAGUUUAAAUUUUGAUAAUUGA